CCACUGUCCAUCCAGGAAAAACCGUUGUGUUCCACCGCACAGUGUCCUCCUGUUGCUGUGACGGACCGAAGACACAACUGACAGGAGGCCAGGGGUCAGUAAAGAAGAGAUCUUCUCAAGAUGUUACCUCAACACCUGAAGCAGAUCAGAGUCCUGAUGCUCAAUGACAAGGAGAAUUUAGAGAGAACUCUGUUCAGGCUUGAACAAGGUUUUGAGCUGCAGUUCCGCCUGGGUCCGAGUCUUCAGGGCAGGAGGGUUACGGUUCACACCAACUACCCGCUUGAAGGACAGAGGUUUGAGCGAAAUAGCUUCCGUGUUUUGCCAUGGAACUACCCAUCAGGAAGUGAGGAUGACUCCGAUAAAUACUGCUCUCUGGACCUCAAGAUAGCUGGGUCCUAUCAGUACUACUUUGGACAUGGAGACACAGAGCGAUCAGGAGGAGGAUACUUUGUGGUUGAUCCUGUUCUUCGCGUUGGAGCAGACAACCACGUCCUGCUAUUGGACUGCAUCACCAUCCAGACCUACCUGUCCAAAUGUCUGGGACACUUAGAUGGUUGGCCAGAUAGACUGAGAGUAGCCAAGGAGGCAGGAUACACCAUGAUCCACUUCACUCCUCUGCAGACUCUAGGAGAGUCCAGGUCCUGUUACUCUUUAGCUGACCAGCUGACCUUUAGCCCAGAGUUCAGCCCGCAGGGUCAAAGCUAUACCUGGGCAGAUGUGGGGGCGCUGGUGGAGAAGCUAAGGCAAGAAUGGAACAUGCUAUGUAUUACUGAUGUGGUGUACAAUCAUACAGCUGCUAACAGUGUGUGGAUCCGAGAACAUCCGGAGUGUGGUUACAACCUGGUGAACUCUCCCCACCUGCGUCCAGCCUGGGUCUUAGACAGAGCAAUCUGGCAUUUAACCACCAGAAUAGUGGAGGGACGCUACAAGGAUAAAGGACUUCCUGCUGAUAUUACCAAGGAGAGCCAUCUGAAUGCCAUCCGUAGUGUGCUGUGGCAGGACGUGUAUCCUCAGAUCAAACUGUGGGAGUUCUACCAGGUCAAAGUGAACAAUGCUGUGGAGCAGUUCAGAGUCCUACUGCAAAAUGGCACCAAGCCAGACCACAGUAAGACUGGAGGGAAGAAGGGCUUGAAGAUCAUCCAGGACCCACAGUACCGUCGUUAUGGCAACACAGUGGACAUGGACUCUGCUCUGGAGACAUUUGUACCUCACAGCUCCUCCCCACAGCACAUUGAGGAGUGCUGUGGUUGGCUGAGACAGAAACUGAACGAGCUGAAUGAAGAGCAGCACCACAUCAUACACCAGCACCAGGAGCAGGCUGCCAACUGCGUCGUGGGAAACGUAGUGUACGAGCGUCUGGCCGACCACGGCCCCAAACUGGGUCCUGUUAGCAGGAAGAACCCUCUGGUUACCAGGUAUUUCACCUUCCCAUAUCAGGACAUGACUCUGGAGCAGGAGAUGCAGCUGUUGGACCAGCCAGACAAGAUCUGUCACUUCCUGGCUCACAAUGGUUGGGUGAUGGGCGACGAUCCACUGCGCAACUUUGCAGAGCCAGGCUCCAAUGUGUACCUGCGUCGGGAGCUGAUCUGCUGGGGUGACAGUGUCAAGCUGCGUUACGGCAAAGGCCCUGAGGACUGUCCUUACCUGUGGGCCCACAUGCAGAAAUACACUGAAAUCACAGCCAAAUAUUUCCAUGGAGUCAGACUGGAUAACUGCCACUCUACACCACUGCAUGUAGCUGAGGCAAUGUUAGAUGCAGCCAGAGCGGUCAGGCCCAAUCUGUAUGUGAUAGCUGAACUGUUUACAGGGAGCGAGCUCAUUGACAAUGUGUUUGUUAACCGGCUGGGAAUUAGCAGCCUGAUACGAGAGGCCAUGUCAGCCGGCGACAGCCACGAAGAGGGCCGACUAGUCUAUCGCUACGGAGGUGAGCCGGUAGGAGCCUUCGUUCAGCCCAGUCUCCGCCCGCUCAUGCCCUCCAUCGCCCACGCCAUGUUCCUCGAUGUUACCCAUGACAACGAGUGUCCCAUACAGCUGCGUUCAGCGCUGGACUCUCUGCCCAGUUCUGCCAUUGUCUCUAUGGCCUGCUGUGCUACGGGCUCCACCCGAGGAUAUGACGAAUUAGUGCCACACCAGAUCUCUGUGGUGAAGGAGGAGCGUUUAUACCCCAAGUGGAACCCCUCAGCAUCCCCCGCCUCCACAGCUGAGGUGGGAUUUCAGACUGGCAUCCUAGCUGGGAAACUGGCUCUCAACAAGCUGCACCAGGAGCUGGCUGCCCAGGGAUUCAUACAGGUGUAUGUAGACCAGGUUGACGCGGACAUUGUUGCAGUUACUCGUCACUGUCCCAGCACCCACCAGUCUGUGGUGGCAGUGUGCAGGACUGCCUUCUGGAACCCCAAGACCCACCAGUACAGCUCCAACGUCCCACCCAUGUUCAUACCUGGGAAGAUAGAGGAAGUGGUACUGGAGGCGAGGACAGUGGAAAGGCAUGCUGGGAGCUAUAAGAAGGAUGACAAGUACAUCAACGGCAUGCCAGAAUACACAGUGGAAAUAAAAGAGCAUAUACCGCUACAGGACAGUGCAGUGGUGAAGCAGGCUGGGGUGACGUCUAAAGGCCGCUCUGAGUUUGUGCAGGAAAUCACCUUUCAGAAGUUGACACCCGGCAGCGUCAUCGCCUUCAGGGUCAGUCUGGACCCCAAGGCCCAGAAGCUGGUGGGGGUGCUGAGGUAUUACCUGUCCCAGUUCAGCCCGAAGUACAGGAGAGGCAGCAUAGCAGAUGAAAACCCACCAGAGGCACUGCAGAAGCCUUUGGCACAGCUGAUGUCUACCCUGACGUUAGCAGACUUGAACGCCCUGCUGUUCCGCUGUGACGCUGAAGAACAGGAAGACGGUGGAGGCUGUUACAAUAUCCCAGGAUGGGAGACCCUCAAAUAUGCCGGACUACAAGGUCUGAUGUCGGUGUUAGCUGACAUCCGUCCCAACAAUGACCUGGGCCAUCCUGUGUGUGCAAACCUCAGACAAGGAGACUGGCUGAUAGACUUUGUGUCUAACAGACUGAUACACAGAGAGGGACCACUGUCACAGGUGGGUCAGUGGUUGGGAGCCAUGUUUAACUACCUGAAACACAUCCCGCGCUACCUCAUUCCUUGUUACUUCGACGCCAUCUUGGUAUCGACCUACACCACGGCCCUGGAUGCAACUUACAAACUCAUGUCGAGUUUCGUCCAGAACGGCUCCAGCUUCGUUCGUCACCUGGCUCUGGGCUUGGUUCAGAUGUGUGGGGUCGGGCGCUUCCCCGCCCUCCCGCCUCUCUCCGUGAAAUUAGAGGACGUCCCAUAUCGCAUCAGUCCAAUCACAGGCCAGAAGGAGCAGUGCUGCGUCUCACUGGCUGCAGGUCUUCCUCAUUUCUCCUCUGGGAUUUUCCGUUGCUGGGGCAGAGACACUUUCAUCGCUCUCAGAGGGCUGAUGCUGCUCACAGGGAGAUACACUGAGGCCCGUAACAUCAUCCUGGCCUUUGCGGGGACGUUGCGUCACGGUUUGAUCCCCAACCUGCUGGGCGAGGGUCGCUGUGCCAGAUACAACUGUCGGGAUGCCGUGUGGUGGUGGCUGCAGUGCAUCCAGGACUACGCCAACCACGUUCCCCAAGGUCAUGAAAUCCUCCGCUGCCCAGUUACACGCAUGUACCCGACUGAUGACUGUGAGCCCCGCAAACCUGGAGAGGUGGAGCAGCCUCUGUAUGAUGUUAUCCAGGAGGCUCUGCAGCGCCACCUACAGGGGAUUUCCUUCAGAGAGAGAAAUGCUGGACCCAAGAUAGACAUGCACAUGAGAGAUGAAGGGUUCAACGUGGCGGCGAAGGUGGAUCCAGCCACAGGCUUCGUCAGCGGAGGGAACCGCUUUAACUGCGGCACAUGGAUGGACAAAAUGGGAGAGAGCGAGCGCGCGAGGAACAAAGGCAUGCCUGCUACUCCGAGAGACGGAGCGGCUGUGGAGAUCGUUGGUCUCAGUAAGUCGGCUGUUCGCUGGGUGGUGCAGCUCCACGCCAAAGGACUGUUCCCUUAUGAUGGAGCUAAAGUACACAGAGAUGGUAAGGAGCUGUUUAUCUCGUACUCCCAGUGGAACCAGCAGCUCCAGCAGUCCUUCGAAGCAGGUUUCUGGGUGUCUGGAGACCCAGCAGACCCCAACGAGAAACACCCCGACCUGGUGCAUAAAAAGGGCAUCUACAAAGACAGCUACGGGGCCUCCAGCCCCUGGUGCGACUAUCAACUGAGACCCAACUUCACCAUCGCCAUGGUGGUGGCUCCAGAGCUGUUCACAGUGGAGAGAGCCUGGGAGGCUCUGAAGGUGGCUGAGAAGAAACUACUGGGACCACUGGGAAUGAAGACACUUGACCCAGAUGACAUGGUGUACUGCGGCGUCUACGACAACGCUCUGGACAACGACAACUACAACCUGGCGAAAGGUUUCAACUACCACCAGGGACCGGAGUGGCUGUGGCCUGUAGGUUACUUCCUGCGUGCUAAACUCUACUUUGCCAAGAAACUGGGAGAGGACACCUAUGCCACAACAGUGACCUUGGUUAAAAAUGUUCUGUCCCGACAUUACACCCACCUGGAGAAGUCUCCAUGGAAGGGUCUGCCAGAACUGACCAAUGAAAACGGCCAGUACUGCCCAUUCAGCUGUGAGACCCAGGCCUGGUCCCUGGCCACUGUGCUGGAGGUCCUCUAUGACCUCUAGGUGACCUUAUGACAGUGGCUGACCCCACCCUCUGAUGUCAUACUUCGUGGUGUAGCACGGGGGGUGUGUGUGUUGGGGGGGUGUGUCACAGAAACAUGGCCCCAUCGUACUCCAGUGACCUCUGACAUCACUUCCUGUGAUCAGAGCGGUUUCCGUGCUGCGUUUAAGUGCAGUAGGGAAAAAGAGUCGGUGCUGGUUCCAGUAGUUAGUCAUGUCAGUCAUAGCUUUUGAAACUAAUGUCUUUCAUUCACAUAUAAACUGCUUAUUUAGAGAUGACACACACACAGUUAAUGUUGAGCUUUUAUUGUGAAACUUGUAGUAACAUAUAUAUGGUGCCAGUGUUCUGUAGUGCUAACACUCAGAGAAGUGCUUUGGUCUGGAUGUUGUCAGUAUUUGAUUCAGAACCUGAACCUGUCACUGUGUUGGAUCCUACCUCUGAACUGUCACAGCCCAACCUGUCCUCAAGUGACCUACACACCUGGUGUUCACCAGCUGUAGCAGCAGUGACGUACAUUGUGUUAUAGGUUGUUUGAAUCUAUACGUUAAUGGUCCUGUUUCCUAAAGCAGCGAGCACCUGAAACCUCCACCUGAUGCCUUCAUACACGUCAAAUAAAAACCCCACAGAAAUGGUCUUCCAGCUGUUUCCCUGUCAGCAGUUAGAUUUUUUUUUUUCAGUGUUCUGUUGUCAUCUUUCAUCUGUGUAUUAAUGUGAAAAAAAACCCCAACCUGCUCCGUGCAUGAACUUCCUCUUGUGUGUGUAACUGUAAGUGUAGCUGUGGCAUUUUUAAGUAACAGAAAUCAGUAGCAUUUCUCUGGUGAGGAAAAAUAAAACGGAAAAUAUACAACA